UUCCUUGGUGACGUCGGAUAUACCGGCUGUUUGACUCGGAAACAGCCAUACAGCGUGCGAAGCGGAAAAUGACCGACAGUGACCUCGAAUAAGAUGUUGGCGACCUGUCCUUUGUUUUAAUCAAUACACAAAACAUCAUCAUUAAUGUAGAAUUCUGAAAAUAACGACUGUACAUUUCAGCGCGGCUUCGAAACGUCGAGAGGGAAACGGAUCGUUUACUCAUCUUUCUAUAUUCGGCGCGUUCACGUUUACGUUUGCUGCGUAAAUGAUGGAAAAUGCUGAAACAUCAGAUCAAAACAGAACGACGCGCUAUACCAACAAUUUAGCGAACGGAUUUCACAACCCGCAGUCCGAAAACGGGGACUGUGUUUCUUGCGGUUCUGACGGUGGUGGUCUCGACGGUAGUGACAGUGGCAGUGGCAGUGGCAGUAACAGUAGCGGUGGCCAUAAUGGUAUUGAAAAUUUCCACCAUCUUCACCAGGAUUUACACAACAAUGGUUCGCCAGCGAAGCGCUGCAAACUCAGAAGACGCUUGGAUUCAGGAAAGAAGAACCGACCACCCUUUCCAUGGUUCGGGAUGGAUAUUGGAGGCACACUGGUAAAGCUCGUUUACUUUGAGCCCAAGGAUAUCACAGCUGAGGAGGAACAGGAGGAAGUCGAGAGCCUGAAGAGCAUCCGCCGCUACCUGACCUCCAACGUGGCCUAUGGCAACACGGGUAUCCGCGAUGUGCACCUGGAGCUGAAGAACCUCACCAUGUGUGGGCGCAAAGGCAACCUGCACUUCAUCCGCUUCCCCACGCAAGACAUGCACCGCUUCAUCCAGAUGGGCCGAGACAAGAACUUCUCUAGUCUGCACACCACGCUGUGUGCCACGGGUGGGGGUGCAUACAAGUUUGAGGAAGACUUCAGAACGGUGGCUGGUUUGGAAUUGCAGAAGCUAGAUGAACUGGACUGUCUUAUUCAAGGUCUGCUGUACGUUGACUCAGUUGGGUUCAACGGCCAUCCCGAGUGUUAUUUUUUCCAGAAUCCAUCGGACCCUGAAAACUGUGUCAAGAGGCCAUGUAGCCUGGAAAAUCCUUUUCCUAUGUUGUUGGUAAACAUUGGAUCGGGGGUGAGCAUCCUCGCCGUCUAUUCCAAGGACGAUUACAAACGGGUCACGGGCACCAGUCUAGGUGGUGGAACAUUUCUAGGUCUGUGCUGCUUACUGACUGGCUGUGAUACGUUUGAGGAGGCUUUGGAGAUGGCAGCUAAAGGUGACAGUACAAACGUGGACAAACUGGUGAAGGAUAUUUACGGUGGCGAUUAUGAACGCUUCGGUCUUCAGGGUUCUGCUGUUGCAUCAAGUUUUGGUCAUAUGAUGAGCAAGGAGAAACGUGACAGUAUAAGUAAAGAGGACCUGGCCAGGGCCACACUUGUCACCAUCACUAACAACAUCGGCUCCAUUGCCCGCAUGUGUGCAGUGAAUGAGAAAAUUGAUAGAGUGGUUUUUGUUGGAAAUUUCCUUCGAAUAAACACAGUAUCGACUAAGCUGCUUGCCUAUGCCAUAGACUUCUGGUCUGAUGGACAACUGAAAGCCCUUUUCUUAGAACAUGAAGGUUAUUUUGGAGCUGUUGGUGCCUUCCUAGAGCUACUGAAGAUGACUGACGACUCCUAAAACACUGAGGAUAUCUCAACCUUUAAACCAGAAGCUGCUGUAAGAUUUUAGGAAAGCCACAUUCCCAUAUAAGAAAAAGCCAUGAAAUAAUGUAACCCAAUUUCCCUUCAAAUCAUCAACAUCUCAGGACUUUUAUCACCAUGCCAUGUCUGUGCUCACAACAAGAAGAGGUGUCGCGAGAACGGUUUGUUUAACAGUGUGAUGAGCCCCACAUCUUGUCAACUAUGUCUCUUCACCACAGUUAUAAAUCCACCAACAUCAGUUUAACCAAGACUGAUGAUUUGAGGGGAAGGUGAUAUACAGUAUGUCACUAACUGUAAUAUUCAUAUCCUCCCUCCAUUUUGGUAGCUUUAUGCAAAUAAUUGUAACAAAUUCAAAGGGUAUCAAGGUGCGUUUCGUGUCUAUUUGCGGUACAGUCUGCUGUAGAAAAAGUAAAUUUGCGUGUUCCUACAAUCUUUCCCUGUUAACUAAAGGUGUUUAUGUUUUAAAUGGUUGAACUGCAAAUUUUGUCGUCAUGUUUAUCACAGUAUAUAAAAGUCAAAGAACUUUCUGCAAAUUGACUGUAAACAAAUAACUAAGUAUUAUUAGGAUUUGAAAAGUUUUUAUACGUUUCAAAUCUGAAUGCCAACUGAAUUUCAGUAGUUUUUUUAGUUGUCUAAAGAGUUUUUUAAACUUGCAGAAUAGGAAAAAAAUGCAUAGACCUACUUUAUCUUUGUUGGGCCUUUUAUGAUUAGUUGAUUGUUGAAGACAUUAGUAGCUGUAGUUUCUAAGAUACCUUUACCUCUUCUUAACUUCUCUUUAUAAUGAAGCGUAAACAAAUGCAUCUGAACUGACACUGAUUGUGUUGGGACCAAAAUGUUGACUGGAAAACAGUAUAUAUGUUCAUCAGACAGAGACCUGUCAUAGUUCACUACAUGAUUAUGCUAAGAUUUGGAUUUGGGGAGGGAUGAGUUUACAAUCUGAAUGUGUUACCGGCUUUCCUUACCCUUUGUAUAUAUACUGUAGUAUAUAUUUUGUUUUUUAUUUAACAUUUGCACAAUGAUUGAAUCACUUAUCAUAUUCAUAUCAUUAUGCAGUAGUGUCUGAAGUUUCAUUUGAAACGGCUAACCUUUAUCCCUGAUCUAACCUCUUUUUCUUGCAAUUGCCUUCAUCCUUGCAACAUUUUCAGGUUAAUGAAAUGAAUCAUCUUUUGCCUUAGCAAAUGUUUGUCACGUUUAAGCGUUUUAUUUUUUUAUUUAAUAGUAGAAAGCUGUGAGAUUCAAAUACGGUGACAGUGACAUUAUAUUUGUUGGGGCUGACUGUGAAAGCUCCAGAUUGUUAUUCAGAGCUAAACCUAGGCUAAACAUGUGCUUCUAAAGCUGGAAUCAUAAAUUACCUUAAAAAAGUAGGUAUGAUGAUUAUAGUCUGUCUAAAUAUGUAAAAUCAGAAAACGCACUUCCAAAAGUAAACCAUGAAUCUUUUCAGUCACUGCUUGACAGCAGUCACAUAUGUAUAUAGCAAUUACAUGUUAUCAUGCUGUAAUAAACUCUUUUUUUUUUUUAAACUUCCCUAAAAAAGUAAGCAGUUUUUAGUGGUUAGUAAGCUUAAGUUAUUGAACUUCAAGGUUUUUUUCAAUAAUUGUGAAUGCAAGCAAGACCAAAAAAGAAGUCAUUUUUCCAUGUAGAAUAAUAUCAAGAUGCAAUUUUUGGAGGCUCUACGUGUUUUGUGUCAAAGGUAUUCACAUGAUAUGUGUGUACCUAAACUAUUAUGUUUUCACCUGCUACUGUAACUUAAAAGUGUCUUCUAGCUGCUCUUAACAUCUGCAACAGCAAGUGAAGUGCAUUGCCUCUGUACGACUCCAUGCAUGCCACUUGCAGGAUACGCAAAUUGUACAUGCUUUUAUUGUCUGUUCCUCUCUCUCUCUCUCUCUUUCUUUGUUUCUAUUAAUACAUGUCGUACUUCCUCUGCUCAGUCCUUAUACUUGCCUUAUGCAGUGGGGUGCCAUUUUGACUUUGGAUGUCUGGAUUAUGCACAAUGGCACCCCAUCAUCUCGUUGAGCCACUAAAGUAACUUCCAAGUGUUACGGGGUGCCUUUAACUGAUGGAAACAAGGCUUUAUCUCUGUAUCCUCUGUUGUUGCUAAUGCUCAAUCCAGAUGUCACUGUAUACGUCUUAACAGUAUAUUUAAUGGUUGUUUUAUUUUUUUAUUGGAAAUGCCCCUGUAGACCAAAUGCAUGUGUAUUUUACCUGAGCUGAUGCAAAAGCAUGUACGUGACUUUUAUGUGUUUUUUCCUUGGGUCAUUGUGCUGAUCACGACUUCUGAUGUAGUCUAAAUGCCUUUGUAUCAGGGUCUGUUUAUGUUCACCAGCUUAAUGCUUGGCCCAUACGUAAGCGCAUGUUCAGUCCUCAACUUGUAAUAACCUUUCUCUUUGUUAAUGUGAAUGGCGUAGUCUGUUUGUCUCAAACUGUACAUUUCCAAUGGCCAUUUUCAGAAAGCAUGUUUCGAUUUGUAAACGCUAAACUAUCAUCUUCUUAUUCUGUGCUAAUAAUCUGCAUUAAUGACCUCAGUCUUCUGAUAGAUUUCUUCUUAUAUGUUGUGAUCUAAAGAAGAUGUAUAAUUCCUACAAAAAGGCAUUUAACCCAUCGUUCGAGCAAACUUAUGAAUCUCAAAUAGUAUCAGCACGUCAUACAUGUAUUUCUAUUGAUAAAGCAGUUGAUGUUGAUACCAAGGAGCCCCUUAUUUGUUUAUGCCUCAUGAGGGAUAAACCGUUUGCAUUAUUGGCUCUGAAAUCCACGUCACAGAGAUUUUAUAUCAGUUUUCAUUUAUAUCAUGUACAAAGCUAACUUAAUUUGUCAAUAAACCUAUUUUGUAAAUAUCUAAUAAAUGUGUUAAUUAUGAAAAACAGUUAUUGCUGAAUUUAUACGCAUAAGAAUGAGAACUAUCUUUUUUGCCUGACAAAUAAAGAAA